UUAAUCAUUUUAGAGCAAUGGAAGACACACCGCUAGGAUUUUUAAACCCAAAUGUUAAAAAGGACAUAGUUCUUGUUCUCUUAAACCAGGACUGGUCUUCUGGGCUGGAAAAAGCUUUAUUUCAGCAGAGAUUUGAUCUCUUAUGGAAAAAAGCAUGUUUUAAAGCCAGUGUAGAUGGUGGUACCAAUAUACUACACAAUAUGAAUGAAACAUUAUCAGUACAACAAAAACUUAUACCAGAUAUGAUUUCUGGUGAUUUUGACUCGGUAACUACUGACUUGUUGGAGUACUACAAGAAUUUGGGGACAGAAAUUUGCCCCACACCAGACCAGGACUAUACUGACUUUACAAAAUGUGUUGCUAUAUUAGGAAAUAAGUAUAAAAGUGGUCAGAUACCGAAAGUAAUGAAAUUAGUUGUGUCUUUGUUGGGCACUACAGACCGAUUUGAUCAUUGUAUGGCUAAUAUAAAUACUUUAUACACUGCUAGAGACAGCCUACCUCAUGAUGUAAUAACAUGUCUAUUAUUUGGAGACUCUUAUGUUAGAUUAUUGCCUACUGGUAAGUCAGUAUUACAUGUCAACACUGGAUUUGAAGGCUCAUGGUGUAGUUUCACACCAUUAACUGGGCCAGCUGUUGUAACAACAUCUGGAUUAACAGACAAUCUUUCCAAAGCUUGCUUGAGAUUUGACCUUGUCGAUAAAUUAAGACACGAAUUGGAUGGCAGUGGGACCUUAACUGUACAAACUGAUUGUCCCAUAGUGUUUACAUUGUCAAUAUUAACUACUUGACUGCAGAAUAAUACACUCUAUUUGUGUAGUUUAGGUGAAUUAAAUAUUUGUGUUUUAUUUCAUUAUGCUUUUACGUUUAAUUUGUGCAAUUGUGACGUUUAUGAACUAAAAACCUCUUGAACUAUUUUAUUCAUGUUUCGUACAAUACUAGUGGUGUUUAAAUUUAGGCUGAUAAUUGACUUAUUAUGCAUUCGCUUUUUUCAGGCAUAUUUUUAAUCUGAUUACAUUAUUUGUAGGCACCAUUUUUUGAAUAACAUGCUUUUAUAGAUUA